AUGGUAGAACGGUUUAACAGGACACUGACAGAGAUGCUAAAGUCGUUUGUGAAUGAAAAUCAAACCGACUGGGAUAUACAAUUGCCGUAUUUGAUGAUGGCAUAUAGGUCAUCGGUGCAUGCUUCCACAAACUUCAUUCCAAACUAUCUCAUGUUGGGCCGGGGAAUUUCUAUGCCGUUGGACGUGAUGAUGGGAAGGUUACCGGACGAGAAUGGAACGAAUGUUGGACAGUGGGUUACCUUUAUCCAGCAGUCACUGCAACAGGUAUAUACCUACUUCCGCGAGUUUACUCAAGCGUCCGCUUUGCGUCAAAAACGGUAUUACGAUCGCAGAUCGAUGGGUAUAAAGCUUAAACCAAAGGAUCAAGUAUGGGUUUAUUUUCCACCUGUUAAACCUGGCACAAGUCCGAAAUUGACAUCGUUUUGGCGCGGUCCUUUCAUCGUGACAACGACUGUGUCCUAUGUGACGUACGAACUUUGUCCAAUUGGUGGCGACCGAAAGCAUAUAGUACACGUUGACCGGUUGAAACCGUGUCGGGAGAGAAGCGGUGAUUUUGAUGUCGUAGCAGAAUCCGCGGAAAGUGAUGACGAAGUAGACGCAGAGCCCGAAGAACAGUUAUCGCUGGAAUUGAUCAAAAUUCCUCGACCUGAUGCAGGCGAUAUUGAUCAGUUGGAAAAUAUAGGGAGUACAGCUCUUGGUAAUACGCGACCCCGACGUGCGCGAGUACAUCCAAAGAAGUUUCAAGACUUUUAUAUGUACAAAGUCUCCCAGCAUUACCAAAGAAAUAUUUCUGUUCAUUGCAGAGUAUGGGAGGACACAGACCAGCGAGACUGUAUUGCUAUGCCUGUAAAAUAA